AUGUCCCUUACAUUGGGGGUCAGUGGGAAGAAUGUCCCUUACAUUGGAGGUCAGUGGGAAGAAUGUCCCUUACAUUGGGGGUCAGUGGGAAGAAUGUCCCUUACAUUGGGGGUCAGUGGGAAGAAUGUCCCUUACAUUGGGGGUCAGUGGGAAGAAUGUCCCUUACAUUGGGGGUCAGUGGGAAGAAUGACCCUUACAUUGGGGGGUCAGUGGGAAGAAUGACCCUUACAUUGGGGGUCAGUGGGAAGAAUGUCCCUUACAUUGGGGGUCAGUGGGAAGAAUGUCCCUUACAUUGGGGGAUCAGUGGGAAGAAUGUCCCUUACAUUGGGGGGUCAGUGGGAAGAAUGUCCCUUACAUUGGGGGUCAGUGGGAAGAAUGUCCCUUACAUUGGGGUCAGUGAGAAGAAUGUCCCUUACAUUGGGGGUCAGUGGGAAGAAUGUCCCUUACAUUGGGGGUCAGCGGGAAGAACGUCCCUUACAUUGGGGGUCAGUGGGAAGAAUGUCCCUUACAUUGGGGGUCAGUGGGAAGAAUACUCCUUAUAUUGGGGGUCAGUGGGAAGAAUGUCCCUUACAUUGGGGGUCAGUGAGAAGAAUGUCCCUUAC